CGAGCCCCGAUAAGAGGAACGCGGACCGCGGCGACGGGAGCGGUCCGCGUGUGACAACUAGAGCCUCCUUCUCUCUUCUGUUCCCGUGUGCGCCCCGUUCAACGUUUCACCGAUCGUCCAGUCGCACCUGGCGCCUCUCGGCAGCUCCAUCCCUCAGUGUGUACCUACGCGCGAUACGCGUCCCGCUUUCCAUUCCGUCCGGACCCGUGGAUCUCGCGAGCGUGCUCGGGCCUUAGAUCCGAUUUCACGAUACCUUUCGUGUACCCGAGAUCCUCGGGCACCUGCCCGCGUGAGCGUCGGACUGUUACGCGUGCAAGGAAUUCCGCACCGGCAGGCCUACAGUGUGUGCAACCAAAUAACAGAUUUCUGUGGUGAGCCUUAGAACCGGAUCCGAUCCGAUGUUCGGAUCGGCGAGUUACGUCUUAGUCGAUUGAUACUGGCGAGCGACGGCGACGUCGACGACGGGCCCCGAACCGGAGCCAACGGGGAAAGGGAAAUAAAAGAGAGCCGACCACGAGAAAUCCUGGUAAAUGUCUGUUUAAGCCUCGGUGACACGCGACCGAGCCUCGACCAUGUGAUACGAAGCCCGCACCACAUAGACAUGUGAUUCCCCCGUAGCAGCCAGAUCUCUUGUAAAUUCGGUUGUGAAGAAUCCCUCUGAGAAGACAUCCUCCCCCUCCCCUCCCUAAUCCGGCGCUUCCAGAUCGCGACGCCUCCGGGUGAUGAGCUCGGGGUACAAGGUGACAAGUCGCGUCCAAAAAUGUUCCGCUUCAAGAUUCGCAUUCACACGUGUCAAGUGAUACUGCUGACGUCGCUGGUAUGGUUCCUGGUGGACGUGAUGGUGCUGAUGCUCUAUUCGGACUGUAUCGGGGGGUCCGGGUGGGGUUGCACGGACAGCAGCAAGCAGCAAUCGUUGACGGAGGAGAGCCUGCCCCACCCGAAAGCGUUGAAGGACGAUCAGGCGCAGCCGACCGGGCAGCAGGGCACAAAGAGACGCUACAAGCAAUCGGAGCUGCAUUUGUGGAGGCCGGCGAAGAUCGUGCGGGAGAGCAAGGGUAGCCCCGGCGAGCUGGGCGCAGCCGUCCACAUCUCGCCGGAGGACGAGGCCAGGCAGCAAGAGCUCUUCAAGCUGAAUCAGUUCAACCUGAUGGCCAGCGACAUGAUCUCCCUGAAUCGGUCCCUGAAGGACAUCCGCCUGGAGGGGUGCAAGUCGAAGAAGUACGGCAAGUACCUGCCGGACACCAGCAUCGUAAUCGUGUUCCACAACGAAGCGUGGAGCACGCUGCUCAGGACCGUUUGGUCGGUUAUAAACCGCUCGCCGCGGAACCUGCUCAAGGAGAUCAUUCUUGUCGACGACAAGAGCGAACAGGAUCACUUGAAACAAGAGCUAGAGGACUACGUAAAAACACUGCCGGUCCCCACGUACGUAUACCGUACCGAGAAAAGAUCAGGCCUAAUAAGAGCUAGACUGCUCGGAGCGAAGCACGUGAAGGGGCAAGUUAUAACAUUCUUGGAUGCACAUUGCGAGUGCACGGAAGGCUGGCUGGAACCCUUGCUCUCUAGAAUAGCUGAAGACAGAACCACAGUUGUUUGUCCUAUAAUUGAUGUAAUUAGUGACGAUUCUUUCGAAUAUAUUCCAGCUAGCGACAUGACAUGGGGUGGUUUCAAUUGGAAACUAAACUUCAGAUGGUAUAGAGUAGCGCAAAGAGAAAUGGACAGAAGAUUGGGAGACAGAACUGCCCCUCUGAGAACACCGACAAUGGCGGGUGGAUUAUUUUCUAUUGAUAAGGAUUACUUUUACGAAUUGGGCGCAUACGACGAAGGCAUGGACAUUUGGGGCGGUGAAAAUCUUGAAAUGAGUUUCCGGGUAUGGCAAUGCGGUGGGACGUUAGAAAUCAGUCCAUGUUCACACGUUGGACAUGUAUUCCGAGACAAGAGUCCAUAUACAUUCCCUGGUGGUGUCAGCAAAGUAGUACUACACAAUGCGGCUCGGGUGGCCGAAGUCUGGAUGGAUGAGUGGAGAGAUUUUUACUAUGCCAUGAAUCCAGGAGCUCGAAAUGUAGAUGUUGGAGAUGUAUCUGAACGACUGAAGUUAAGAGAACGUUUGAAGUGUAAAAGCUUCAGAUGGUAUUUAGAGAACAUUUAUCCUGAAUCUCCAAUGCCAUUGGAUUACUACUAUUUGGGUGAUGUACAAAAUGUUGAUACGCAGACCUGUUUAGAUACUAUGGGCAGGAGAACAGGAGAAAAUGUUGGAAUUAGUUACUGUCAUGGGCUAGGCGGUAAUCAGGUAUUUGCUUACACUAAACGGCAACAAAUAAUGUCUGAUGAUAUGUGCCUUGACGCAGCUAGUCCCCAAGGUCCAGUCAAGAUAGUACGUUGUCACGGUAUGGGUGGAAAUCAAGCAUGGGUUUAUAAUGAAGAGACAAAAAUGAUUAAACACACUAAUACAGGGCAUUGUUUAUCGAAGCCUCGUUCAAACGAUGCAAUGCAACCUGUCUUAGCAACGUGCGAUUCUGACAAUACUGGUCAGAAGUGGAUAAUGCGAAGUAAAUUCAAAUGGCAGGCCAGCUAAUAUCAACUGAGUGCAACAGCUAUAUGUAACGCUUGUUGAUAUAUUUAAUUACUAUGAAGGUUUGACAGUGAAGAAACUUCUCUACAAGCAAGAUCAAGAAAGAAGAUAGUAUUAUAUUCCACGAGUCCAAUAUCACCUUUAGUCGAUGUACUGACCGUAGUCAGUGAUAUCGACCUUGCGACAGAAAUUGACUUAUACCUACAAAUGAGAGAUUGAAGUUGAUGCUUUUAGUUAUAUAGGAUUUAUUUACUGUUAAUAGCAGUAUCGUGUAUUUACUGCCAUUUGUCGUGGUAUGCCUUGAUUGAUAAUGCACAAGAGAACGUUGAAGAGGAACAAGAAAAUAAUUCCAACUGUGCGCGAAUAUACACGAGUGAUACGAAAAAAAACCAACAUGUGGAUUUUUUUUGGUGAACAAUAGAGAGGAAAGCAUAUCAGACCACUGUUAUAAAUAAAUGAUUGUUAAUACAAAAGAGAGACAUAUUUCAUGAUAUGGGAUGAGUGCAAUUCUGGAUGACUGGGAGAUAUAUCAGUGCAUUAAAAGACACAUGACAUAAUAAAUGUCAUUACAACAGAGUGAAUGUCAGAAUGCAAGUGGAAUCAUUGUGACACUACUGAUGAUUGCAAUCUAGGACUUAUACUGUACAAUUUUCUAGUGAUAGGGAAGAGCACUGAAUCUUUUUAUACUGAUAUUUCUAACAGUUCCUUGUUGCAUCUCGUUCGUAUGGUUUAGUUUUUAUUUUCUUUAUUUUUCUUUGUUUGUUUUCUCAAUGGAUGAAUAUGUACUUACAUUUUAAUUCGCCAUAGCAAUAUGAGAUUACGUUUGCAAGGUAUCGUUAAGUAUACGAAAAUGCUAUCGACUGUUAUUCAAUGUAAUAUGUUAUGUUUUAAAGAUUUUCUUAAAUUCGAGACAUAACGUCUUCCGUAUUUUUUUAGAAAGCAAAGCGACAAAUAUUUUUAUGAUAUCCUAUUAUCUUGCAUAACAGUUCUUAAUAAAUUUAGACUCUUUUUAUCUUCUAUAUACUAGAGGCGUGCUGAAAGAUUUAGAGUGCAAUAUACUUGUUGAGCAAGACUUAAAGAGAACAGUUUCCUGUAAGUAAUGUAAAAAUAUUGUUAUCAGAUUCUGGCGCCCUUCCCUUAUAUUAUAGUAGAUUCAACGUUGAUUUUGUUCACGCUCUAAAAAGAGAUAAAACGGUCGACGAAGUGAAACAUUUUUUAAGAAAAAAUGUUGACUGAUUGUAAUAUUUUCAUUCAUGGUUGAGGAGAAAUUUAGCUAAUUCUACAACUUUAAAUAAGGAACUACUGAACGACAUUUAUAAUAUUUAAAGUAUAUUAUACGACUCUAAAAUUUCAAUUUAGGAGAAUUUUAAUAUCAAAACAAUAUACUCAGUUUUGUUACUUGAAGGAAUGGUGAUGGUGCAACAGAUUAUUGUUUACAGCUUAAUUAUACAUAUUUAAUUAUUCAUGCAAAAAUAUAGUAUUUAUUUUUGUACAGGUCUCAGUUUCUAUUAAAUCAAUAUGUUAUUUUGAAUAUAUGUUUAAUUAAGAAUUGUGUUAGCAAAAUUUGUAGAUAAUUUAUUAGUUGUUUAAAGAAAACAAGUUAAGUUUAAGCAAGUUCGAUAUAAGUUCAUGAGUAUAAAAGAGAAAUAAAGUCAAUAAUAAUUUGUAAACAACUUUCUAUUUUAAUUCAUCAUAAUAUAA